GCAUUGUUUCGACCAGUAGCUAUGAUGGUUCCAGACUAUGGCCUGAUUUCAGAAAUUAGUCUUUUUUCAUUUGGAUUCUCUGAUGCUCGAAAUUUGGCCCAAAAAAUUGUAUCAACUUUCAAACUUUCCUCAGAACAGCUCAGCUCUCAGGUUAGGGGGAAACUUUUUAAAUCAAUUAAAUUGUUGACCAAAUAAGGCUAGAUUAGAGAAGAGAAGAGAAGAUGAUAAUUACAUUAAAUACAUUUUCCUUAUUUUUUAUUAAUAACCAUUUAUAUUCUAAAGAAGUAAAUUGCUGUCAUAAUUGGAAUUUGGAACUAGCUAUCUGAAUUUUAAAAAGUAAUGGACUUUUAUUUCUUUCUUCAAGACUCGUUAACCUAGGAUUGUGUAAAAGAAAAAAAAAUCACCAUAAAUUCUUACCUCACUGUGUUAUUUUUCAGUCAUGUUAUUUAAAGACAGCCCAAAAUUAUUACUAAACUUUUACUACUGCUUUGACCUAGGACCACUACGACUUUGGUAUGAGAGCAGUGAAGAGUGUGAUCUCAGCAGCUGGCAACCUGAAGAGGAUGUACAGUGAAAUGGAUGAGGUUGUUAAUACAUGCAAAUAUUAG